AUGGCCACGGCAGCAGUUGAGCGGCCAACUACGGCAGAGGAGCGCGUUCUCGCCUUGAACAACCCGCCACCGCGGCCACAGAAAGCCCCGGAUAUUUCUCAUCGCCAAAGGGCCGCUAUCAACACCCGAGGUGCAGGCGUUGCAAGAUCGUUAAUGAGUGGACCAGUUGCCGCUGACAUUCCGGACUCUCCGCCACCGGCUGCGGCCUCAAAAAAAAUUGUCCAUGCGAGUCCCUCUGACUUUCUCGCCGGCCCAAAGGAACCUGGUCAUGUGAAGCGCGGAGUUCGCCGCUACGAAGACAGGAAUGAGUCCACUGUCGGCAAGGCUCUCACAGAGGAGUGGAUCCUCGGCCGCAAGGAGGACGAUCCCGUGCCGCAGCACGUUGUGAGGCAACGCGGUCCUAAGGACAAUCUCGAGGGUCUUUGUUGCAGCGUCAGGACGGAAGAGGCGAAGCCGCGGCUACAGCGGGCACCAGGACUGGCACCGCCGCACACCACUGCAGCUCCUUACAGCGAAACGGAGCUCCCGCCUCGACCCGCGGAAGCGGUGCCCGUAAAGGGAAAGCGGCGCUUCCAUGAACAAACCAGCGUGAAUCUCUUUGGACGUGCAGCCAUAUCAACCCGUCAAGCCGAGGCCGAC